AUGUUGGCUCUUUCCAAGGUUUUACGGAGAAGCCAGAGUCUCCGAUUAGGAGCUUGCAAUGCUGUGUACUACUCUAAGCUAGAGAUACCAAUUGGAGAAAGGAACGGUGCUACUGGAUCCAACGCUUUGAUACAUGAAAAAUACGAAUCUUUCCCUAGAUUUUACGAGCUCUCUUGGAGUUCCUCUACUGGAAGACGUUCACUUUCCUCGGAAGCUGGGCCUAAAAGUGUCGGAGAGGAAGAUUCAGACCUUGAAACUCCAAAUAAGACUAGUGGUGGUAGUGAAGAUGGGCUUCAGUCUGAGGAGGAGUUGUCUAGUGAUGAAGGUGACAUUGAAAGAGCAGAAAUGGAACUAGAUGUAACUGACUCGGAGGCUGGAAAAAUGACGGCAAGCAAGAGAUCAUCGGAACUGUUUAAUGCCAUUGUUUCUGUCUCAGGUCUGUCUGUAGAGAGUGCGCUUGAUAAAUGGGUGGAAGAAGGGAAGGAGAUCAACCGCACAGAGAUUGGAAAUGCGAUGCUACAACUCCGUAAACGUCGGAUGUAUGGGAGAGCCUUGCAGAUGACAGAAUGGUUGGAGGAAAAUAAGCAAUUUGAAUUUGAUGAGAAAGAUUAUGCUGCUCGGCUUGAUCUGAUUGCCAAAGUACGUGGCGUGCACAAGGGAGAACUUUAUCUCGAAAGAAUCCCGGAAUCUUUCAGAGGGGAAUUGGUUUACCGUACUGUGCUCUCGAAUUAUGCGGCAACAAGCAAUGUGACGAAAGCAGAAGCAGUUUUCAACAAAAUGAAGGACUUGGGAUUCCCUCGGACGUCAUAUGCCUGUGAUCAGAUGAUUACUCUUUACAAGAGGGUCAACAAGAAGAAAAUAGCCGAUGUGUUAUUGCUGAUGGAGAAGGAAAAUCUAAAGCCGAGUCUUUACACGUACAAUAUCCUACUUGACACCAAAGGAUCAUCAAAUGACAUAAAUGGGAUGGAACAAAUUAUGGAGUUAAUGAAAAGUGAAGGUGUUGAGCUUGAUCUCCGUGCACAAUAUAUUAUUGCAAGACACUAUGCAUCAGCUGGGCUUAAAGAGAAGGCUGAGAAAGUGCUGAAAGAGAUGGAAGGUGAAUGCUUGGAGGCUAAUCGGCAUGUGUGUAAGGAUUUGCUUCCCAUUUAUGGCUCUCUCCAAAGGGAGGAUGAGGUGACAAGAAUUUGGAAGAUCUGUGAAGAAAACCCCCGUUUUGACGAGUCCCUUGCUGCAGUCCUGGCUUUUGGAAAGAUCAAUAAAGUCAAAGAAGCGGAGGCGAUUUUUGAGAGGAUCUCGAAGAUGGGCCAUAGAGUUUCUUCUAGUAUUUACUCCGUUCUCUUGAGGGUUUACGUGGAUCACAAGAUGGUCUCAAAGGCUAAGGAUCUUGUUAAGCAGAUGUCGGACAGCGGGUGCAAUAUUGGCGCCUUAACAUGGGAUACACUGAUUAGGCUCUAUGUUGAAGCUGGUGAACUAGAAAAGGCUGAUUCUUCGCUGGUCAAGGCAACACAGUCAAAACACAUAAAACCGUUGAUGACCUCCUUCAUGUACGUGAUGUGCGAGUAUGCAAGAAAGGGUGAUGUUCACAACACAGAGAAGAUCUUCCAGAAAAUGAGGCAAGCUGGCUAUCAAUCUCGCUUUAGGCAGUUUGACGCCCUUAUCCAGGCUUAUGUCAAUGCCAAAGCCCCAGCUUAUGGAAUGAAGGAUAGAAUGAAGGCUGAUAACUUCUUCCCCAACAGCGGUUUGGCUGCUCAGCUCGCUAAAGCCGAUCCCUUCAAGAAGACGCCUCUCUCCGAUAUCCUGGAUUGA